GACGAUCUUCACCGCCUGAGAAUGACUGAACCCAAAGCUAAAGCUACUGACUUGUCCUCUAUUCCUGGUUGUCAAGAAACGCUAUAGCAAUGUUUCACCCUUGGUUCCUGUUAGUUUUUCGUUUGACACUAGUUGUUCACCAAUUGCAGAUACUGGCCUGGCGACAACUGACAGUAGUGGGGAUUACGAGCAAGUCAUCGUGUACCUUCACAAGCCAACGGGGUAUUACUAUAAUCCUACGAGUCAGCAGUAUCUAGUGCCUGUGUCUCAUUCAUAUUGUGAGCAGCAGUCAGUCACAACAACCAGUGCUGCUGAUUCUGUAACAAGAAUCGCUCCUUUAGCAACCAAGUGUGAUGAAGCCGAUGUCGACUCACUAACUACUGGACAUACAGACUCUAAAUCUAAACUACCUUUUAUCGCUGGUCUCCAAGGUACCGAAUUGAAAUGACUACAGUAACACAGGCCAGGUCUCUUAAUCCCUUUCAUUUACUACCGACAGAUUUGUUGUUUGUAAACCCACAAUAAUAAUAGUUGUACAUGUCUAACUCUGUUUGCACCCAUCAGACUAUAGGGAGAGAGCCUGAUCAACAUUUUUUUUUAUAUCAGUCCCUUCUUGUUCUGCAAUCAUAUUCUAGUCCCUUAAAAAAAAACCUCUUAUAGUCUCUCUGUUCAACCAUUUCUCCCAUAAGUUGGGGAUAGUGAUGAGGAAGAGCUUCAAAAGUUGUCUGCUCUUGAGAAAGAGUUUAAGACGAGUAAGGAGCAGUCCAUUUCAUCCAUUUUGUCGGAAGUGUCUGAACGAGUGAUGGAGAGAUGUGGUUAUCAGAUUGAGGAAAGCCCACGGACCUCAUUUCAGGACCAACUGUUCUAUGAUCAGGACCUGCAGCUGUACUUUGACCCUAGCAGAGAUUGCUACUACCAGUACGAUCAUGAACAGAGACGUUACGUCUUUCAUUCUCAAGUCACUCCAAUAGAUGCUAAGGGACAAGAUACUGCGAGAAAGGAAAAAAAGAAGUGCAUUGUCAUCAGCAGUGACUCGGAUUCAGUCUCUGAGGAAGAAGAGGGGGAGAUCCGCUCUCCUAAGAGGCCGCGACUGCCCAUAGGUUCCCCACCUCCCGAGAACCAGUGGAUCUCCUGUCUCAGAAUGGUAGUGACAGACAGUGACAGUCUAGGCAAGGGCUCAGUAUUUAUUAUCACUGCCAAGGGUGCCAACAUUGGAAGAGAACCUGAGGGUGUGAAUGGUGUAAAGAUCCCUGAGUUAUGUGUGAGCAAGUCUCAUGCUAAACUCAGCUACGACAAGGCAGAGCAGUGCUUCACACUCACUGACCUGGGCAGUGUCAAUGGUAGUAGCCUCAACAACCACAGGCUCAGUAAGCCAAAGGAGGCGUGUACCCCCCACCCAAUCUCCCAUGGCGACACUCUAACUAUCGGCUCCACCACUUGCUCAAUGCACAUCCAUGCAGGCCUUGAGGUAUGUGACGGCUGUGACCCUGGCAACCCCCUGCCACCUGUCGAGGCAGCAAAGAUAGAGACGAAGGAGAGCUUGGACCUGAAGCGGAGAAAAGAGCUCAACAGAAUCAAAAAGAAAUACGGAUUGCGUGUCAAAGAUGUGUUUGGCGAACGUCCUGAAGAAAAAGGUCAUUACAAGGACCGAGCAGAGCUACGUCGUGUGACUGUCGGCUCUGAUCUUCCUGACUUAGACUAUCCUGAUGCACUGCCUUCCUCUGCUGACAGGGCAAUUGAUGAUGACAAUGUUGGUCACCGUAUGUUGGUGAAAAUGGGGUGGAGUGGAACGGGGCUGGGGAAGGAGGAACAGGGACAUGUCAACCCUGUUCGAACACAAAUCAGAAAUCCUAAAUCUGGUUUGGGUUUUGAAGACUCCGGUAGGAGCGGCCUGGAUUCAAGAAAUUCAAAGUCAAAACGAAUAAAGGUAGCAGCGAGCAUUGUUACUGUUACCAUGAAGCGGGCUGGAGAUGUUGUCAAUUGCAUAGAGCCAGAUACACUCUAUCAUGUUGAAUUCAGGAACACUGCAAAGUCGGGACACAAAAUCGGUGGAAUUUUGGUGAAGCAAAUUGGAUCAAUUUCUGGGAAAGUACUGAUCAAAGGGUAUCUCCCAGUUAACACUGUUGGUCCAAUAUGCGGCGAUAACUCUAUCGCACAUUCUUGUCGGUCAAAAUGUUUCCUUGGCGACAAUGGGGAAUGGCUGAACAUCACCUAUAUGUCAGCGUCGAUGAAAUCGUUACAAAAAGCCUCGAACGUCUCAUUCAGGUAUACAAUCGUGCUUUCUAAACAUGGUGACUUUCCCAAGCACAUCGAUAACGAAAUCAUCACAUUUCCAGUUUGUCCAAUUGUGAAGUACUGCCCCAACUUUGGUUUGAAGCUGGGAGCCAUAAAAAGUGACACAAAGUGUGGAAAGAUAAGAACUGUAAAGUCAAACGAAACUCACAUAUUCACUUCCAACAUUACUAACAUUAACUACACCUGCCACACUAAAAUGUCUGUAAAGAAGACGGACUGCCAUCCCACCUGUACGGAGGAUGGCCAGGAAUUGUGUUGCAAAAAUAGGAUAGCAAUCAUGAGGCCCCGUAAUUUCACUUGCACAGCAGCACCCGAGUUGAAUACGGGGGAGAUUGCUGAUGUAACAAUAACACGAACAGCAAAUGUUUUACAAACCAAGCUAUGUGUUUGCUACUUGUGUGCAGAUAUACUAUGUGAUGAUGAUGAGUACGUGCUCCCCUAAAAUGACUUUAAACGAAUAUUAUAGGAGUCAUUUAUAUUAACACAUUCAAGAUCGACAUACAUCUACCAACGGUUCUCAAGGCAGAUAAUUAUCUCUUUAUCUCUUUACUCUAACUUUGGCAACAACAAACGACUACACUUAACAAUUAAUUAAUUUAUUGCUGGACUGCUUAAUAAUUAUUGUCCCCAACAUUCUCUUAAUUGCAAUUGUCUAUACAUGAUUGUGGCUAUAAUUUAUAUCAAGUUAAAAUAAUGUCGAUAAUUAUAAUUUUAAUCGUUAAUUCUCCUAAGAGAGAUUUAAAUCAUAAUAAUUGUAAUCGACCAUUAUUAUGGAAAGAGUGCCAUAAUUAUCAUCAAAAUAA